AAACCACCUUCAACCACUGAAGCAUCUACAACUACAAAACCGCCCUCAACCACGGCAAACUCUACAACUCCCGCUACCACUCCACAGACAACUGGUCAAACCACGACAAAUGCCACUACUAUACCACCUUCAACCACUGAAGCAUCUUCAACCACCGCACCAGCAACCACACAGCAACCUCCGACCGUCGCACCUUCCUUGGAGUGCAGUGUAGCGAUAGUUGGAGGAGGGUUAGGCGGUCUACUGAUGGCUUAUGCACUUCUUGAGUCGAAAAACAAAACAAACGAAACAAACGUGUGUGUAUUUGAGAGAGAAAAUCGUCUUGGAGGAAAAAUCUUUGAUUUCAACUUUACACAAGCGCCAGACGUUGCAGUAGGACUUGGAGAGUGGAGCAUCAACACCAACAACUCUAACGAAAUUUCCCUCGCUAGCCGUCUUUCUAUGCGGAUUGAUCCUUGGGUCCCUAAAACGCAUCGUGUUGAAGCUCGCGGUGUGUAUGCAGACAGUUUUGAUUCUCUGAAAUCAAAGGCCUUUCCAACUUUAAAGGAUCGUUUUCCGAUGAAUAAUAGAACACUUGAGCAAACUGCUCGGUUCAUCUAUGAUGACGUUAGAAAUCACACGCAGUUCUCUACAGCGGAAACUUUCUUGUCUUACGAACUUUCACCCGAGGGAGCAAAGCUGAUGAAAGAAAAGUAUGGCUUUUUAGGCGACUACAUGCAAGCCAUAAACCCACUCAGUUAUAGAAAAUAUCUCAAGAAAAAGGACUUUGUCAUAUCUGCAGGCAAGAGUUUUAGGCCGAAAACAGGUAUGUCCGAGUUUAUCACAAACCUCAAAGAAAAAAUAGAAAAUAGCGGUGGAAAAAUCUACCUCAAAGAGACAGUAACCUCUAUUGAUAAAGAAAUGGAUACGUUUGUUCUUCAAACUACGAAAUUAACUGUGAAAGCCAACAAGACUGUCAUCACCUCUGGACCGACAGCUCUCAAGAAGAUAAAAGGUGACGUCAUGCAAAGCAUCACAGGUGAUGACAUCUUUAACUCCAUCGUAAGCGUGCCGGCGUUCCAUGGAGCAGCGGUGUAUGAAAGAGCGUGGUGGAAUGACUCAAUCGCUGCUGAAAAGAAAAACGCCCUGCAACCUUUGGACAUGUUUAUAUCCAGUAGUAACUGUCUGGGAACUGCCAUGCCUGACAGUGGUGUUGGUCCUAAUGGAAGAGCUGUGCUGCAUACGAUAGCUAAUAACGGAGGAUGCAGUGACAAGUGGGGGAAAAUCCUGCAGAUAUCUGCCAAAGAAGUCGACAAAGAACUGAAGCGAGCUCUGAGGUACAAGUUUCAAAGAGAUGUGCCAGAUCCUUUGGAGACUAAGUACAAGUAUUGGGACGAAGGGUUCUGGUUUCUGCAAAAGCCAGGGGCCGACUUCUCCUUAUCCACCGUUCGACAAUGGGCCAAGAGACCUCUGGCCGGACAAGACGUAUUCUUGGUGGACAGAGCAUUUUAUAGUUUCGGCGGAUGGCUUGAUGAUACUAUUCAAUCAUCACUGGAUGCUUUAAAAGAGGGCUGGAACUUAGAUUUUACACUUUAGUAAUAACACUACCAAUAAAUGGUCAGGAAUAAAUUAACUGAAUCACAGGGAUUUUUGAAAAAAAAAAUGUUCAAAGGGAAAGGAAAAGAACGAUUUAAUUGUUGUAACAUGAUUGUGAUAAUGAAAAGUCGUAACCCUCCUUUUCCGAAAAUUUGACUUAUAUCUGAUGUAAAUUUUAAAGAAACAUUUAACAGAGGACUUUGGCUUGAUAUGAGAUCAGAUUCUCCUUAGUAACAUUUCAAGAGAUAUAUUGAAGUCAAUAAGGAGAACUGAUAUUUCCAUCUCAGAAAUGAAAGGGACAAUGAGAGUAGGGAAAUAAUAAAGGUGGACUAGGUACCUCAUGUUGGGAUGCAAUUUGUGUCAGCGAGUUUUACGAAAACAAACAAAAGUAAAGCGAUUUUUCGCUGUCAAUAUAAAAUAGUUCUUCAUAUAUAAACAACAGAGAGAUAGACGUGCGAUCGUUUGUGCUCAAAAACAAACUUAUUUUAGUUUUACAGCGUUUAAGAAUUAGGAACAUUUUUAUAGUCUACGAUGUCUCAAAAAUUGUAUGAAAAUAGGUCUACACUAUCAAAAGAGGGGUGGAAAUAUAUGAUGUUUUGUGCGAUCUUUACUGUAAACUCAAAUUUAAACAAUUUUGUGUCGAGAAAUCCAUGCAUAGUCAUGUGCUAGCCUCUCUUGCAAAUAUGUUAAACCACGUAUAUCAGGGGAUAUCUGUCAUUACGAAUGAAACAACGUUAUCCACACAAAACAGAUAUCCUGUGAUAACGUACCGUAGUUUACCAUAUUCGGCAAACUUUUAAAAUGUAUUACAAAGAGAAAAUUUAGAAACUAUAAGUUUAUUCUGUAAAAAAACAAUAAUAUAGAUUUCAUUUAAGAAUGAGCUAUAAUAAGCUGAUAGUAAAGUGUAAAAGGAAAUAAAUGAUAUAAAGAGUUGUACAGUUUUAA